AUGAGUGAAUUUCAGAAGCAGCCCCCCGAGGAACACAUCUACCACAUCAACCGUUUGUUGGAGACUGAACCACUGCAAGGAAGAGAUGAAGACACAGUAGCCAGUGCUGACUUCCCUAGCAUGCUCUCUGAGGAGGAAAAGGAAGAAUUAAAGGCAGAACUACUUCAGCUAGAAGAUGAAAUUACAACAUUACGACAAGUUUUAUCAGCGAAAGAAAGGCGUCUGGUUGAGAUAAAACAAAAACUCGGCAUGAACUUGAUGAAUGAAUUAAAACAGAACUUCAGCAGAAGCUGGCAUGACGUGCAGACUACUACUGCCUACAAGAAAACACAUGAAACUCUGAGUCACGCAGGGCAGAAGGCAACUGCAGCUUUCAGCAACGUUGGGACGGCCAUCAGCAAGAAGUUUGGAGACAUGAGGUCUCACUCCAUCGGCUACUCCAUUCGCCAUUCCAUAAGUAUGCCUGCUAUGAGGAAUUCUCCUACUUUCAAAUCAUUUGAGGAGAGGGUUGAGACAACUGUCACAAGCCUUAAGACGAAAGUAGGCGGGGCGAACCACGGCGGAGGCAGCUUCGAGGAGGUGCUGAGCUCCACGGCCCAAGCCAGCGCGCAGAGCUCGGCCGGCGGCCCCGGCCCCCGGCGGGCCGAGGGGGAGGAGCUGCAGUGCUAGGGCCCCGCCCGCGCCCGCAGCCGCCUCCAGGGACCCUGCCCUGCCCGCGCGCAUCCGGAUAUGAAGACCAGAAUCCCACUGGAAGACCCAGGCCUUGACCUUGUUCUUCAAAUGGCUUCUCCUGAAAGUUUAAUUAAAUGA